AUGCCGUUUACCACCUUUACUGCACUCCAACCUCUCGCAACAAGAGUCACUCGCUCCACUGCUCUCCGUUCCGUCCCUUCUCGUGUCGCCAUGCUGCAUUACGCCCUCGCUCCAGCUGUCACCUCGACUGCCGCUCCACCCAUCCCAAAGGCCAAGGCAUGGGGAGCGGCAUAUGCCGCUUCCCCCGUUGCAAGCACCCAACCGCUACUCGACCUCAGCCAAGGUGUCCCCGGAACCGCUCCUGCGGACAGCGUCCUCGCGGCGCUUGCAAAGACGGCCGGCAACCCAGACGCGGCAAAGUAUGGUCCUAUCCUGGGCGAGUCAGCGAUGCGCGCCGCGCUGGCUGUCGAGCUGCGGAACCUGUACAGCGUCAAGGAAGAGGCCAGUCUCCUGCCCGAGGAUGUGGGCAUCACCACUGGCUGCAACAUGGCCUUCCUCGUGCUCCUCAUGGUCCUCUGCCCCCCGAACGAGUCGAGCAUCCUCCUCCCUCUCCCGGCCUACUUCAACCAUGCCAUGAGCCUGUCGCUGCAAGGCGUGACACCGAGCUACAUCCCUUGCGACCCGGCACAGGGGUUCCAGCCGUCCAUCGAUGCCGCGCGGCACAUUCUCGCUGCCGAGCCAAAGAUCGGUCCCAACGGCACGCCCAUCCGUCCUCGCGCCAUCGUCCUCACGACACCCAACAACCCCACCGGCGCCGUCUACUCGCCCUCGCAGCUCGAGGAUUGGCUCGCCCUCGCACGCAAGUACGAGAUCCCUCUAGUCCUCGACGAGACGUACCGCGAGUUCACGGACGCGCCGCACACGCUCUUCGACAACCCCACAUGGCGCGAGAGUCUCAUCUCGCUGGGAAGCUUCAGCAAGGGAUACCGUAUCCCCGGCCACCGCCUGGGCAGCAUCACUGCCUCCCCCACGCUCCUGGAGCAGGUCGCGACCGUCUGCGACUGCAUGCAGAUCUGUCCUCCGCGCCCACCGCAGCUUGCGCUCGCCCCGCUCCUCCCGAGCCUGCGGGACGACCUCGCCGAGUCGGCCGCGGCACUGCGCUCGCGCCUGGCCAUCUUCGCCGAGACGGUCGCAAACGUCCCCGGAUGGCGCGUCCUCUCCUCGGGCGGGUUCUACGCCUACGUCGAGUUCCCCAAGGAAUACACAGGCGACGCGGCCAGGCAGGCGCUGGGCGUGGACGCGCAGAGCGUCGUGGGCAGCGAGGAUGUGGGACGCGCUCUGGCCAUGCACGGCGGCGUGCUUACCCUCCCUGGCUGCUUCUUCAUGCCCGCGCGUGACUCGCCCGACUGGGACAGUGUCGAGGGCGCCGAGACGAUCAAGGCCGACCGCUGGAUCCGGUUCGCGAUUGCCAACGUCGACGACGACACGGUCCGCGCCCUCGGUGCGCGCCUGGAGCUGCUCAACAAGGUCAUGGGGAUGUAA